AUGAUUCACCUGCUUGUGGAGGUGGUAGUCGUAGAAGUGGUGGUGGUGGUUGUAGAAGUGGUGGAGGAGGAGGAGGUAGUCGUAGAAGUGGUGGUGGUUGUAGAAGUGGUGGAGGAGGAGCUGGUAGUGGUGGUGGAGGAGGAGGUGGUAGUCGUAGAAGUGGUGGUGGAGGAGGAGGUAGUCGUAGAAGUGGUGGAGGUGAUGGUAGAAGUGGUGGAGGUGGUUGUAGAAGUGGUGGAGGAGGAGCUGGUAGUGGUGGUGGAGGAGGAGGUGGUAGUCGUAGAAGUGGUGGUGGAGGAGGAGGAUGCAGAUGAGUUAAUUUUGCCCACUGGUGCCAACAAGACAAGAGGACGCUUUGAGUUGGCUUUCUUCACCAUUGGCUCAUGCUGUAUAACCGGUGCACAGUUUGGAGCCAUCAGUGGAUUACGCAUGGCUUGGUCUAAACCUCAUAAUGUACAGAUACUAAACCUGGUGACCCGUCAGGGAGCUAUAUGGGUGAUCACUCUGGGUUCAGUGGCUCUAUUGUGCAGUGUAUUUGGUGUGAUUAUCGAAAAAAACAGAGGAGCCGAGGAUGAUCUCAACACCAUGGCCAAUGGCACAAUGACUGGCAUCCUCUACAAAUCCCCAGGGGGUCUGCGUGGAGCAGUUCGAGGAGGCAUGGUCGGCUUUGCAUUAUCAGAACUGUAUGCCUUGUACAAUAACUGGGACCAUGUGAAAGGCAGCUCCCCCAGAUUUUAUCAAGAAUAAAAUGUUCACUUGGUGCAAAUUUUCACUUCAUGU